AUGCGAAAUUUUGUACACUCAUUCAAGACGGCAGCAGCGAUACGGCCCGUUUUCCCACUCCCGAACGGGCUUCAGCGAUGGCCUCACCAUCAUCCUUCUCUUGCCCUCAUCAACUAUUCUCUCCGGCGCACCAUCGUCUACGUCUCAGAUGCGAAAGCUGAAGUUCACAAGAGUCGCCUUCCGCGAAACAUGGAGAUCAAGUCAGAGCUCGUUUGGCUCAUCGACGAAAUGGGCGAAGUUGUGGGACCUCUUGAGCCGUCCAGGAUCCUCAAAAAUUUCGACUUUCAGAACAAAAGUUUUGUCACUAUAUCCGAGAAUUAUGGUGAGGACGGCCAGUAUCCCCUCUGUAAAAUCAUGGACCGAGCUGUCGUCCGUCGGAGUGAGCUUGCCUCGCUAAGAAACAAGCAGAAGAAAAAGCAAAUACAGACCAAGACUAUUGAAUUGACCUGGGUUGUCGAGCCCCACGACCUUGAAACCAAGCUACGUCGCAUGAAAGAGUUUCUGCUCAAGGGGUCGCGCGUUAAAAUUUUGGUGAAGCCGAAGAAGAAAGGCAAGGUUAUAGCUAUACCGGAUGCUGAGAAUAUUCUACAGCGAAUCAAAGAUAGCGUGAAUGAGGUCGGCGGAAAAGAGAUGAAACCGCUUGAGGGACAAGUACUAGGCUUAGUGGAAGUGACAUAUGAAGGCAAAAAGCCUUAG